AUGAUCCGACAAUUAUUCAGCGCUGCUGAAAACCCCCCCCUCAACACAUCUACCCGCCUCUUCUCCACGACACCCGCCUCACGCUUCACACUCACCACCCAAAAGUCCUCCUCGCCCUUCCGCCUCUCCUCCGACAAACACGCACACGAGCACGAACAAGAACAUUCCCCCUCCAACGACGACGCCUACUACAGCCCUCACAAGCCCAAGCGCCAAUGGCCUCCGGAUAUGUCCAAGCUCUCGCCGAAACACCAGUUCCGCCUUGAGCGCAAGUAUCGCCGGCGCGCGGCGCUGAAGUAUGCGCGGCCUAAGUUUAUUAAGACCGUGACUCUGGUGCAGUGGGGUGUGAUUGGGUUCGUCAUUAUUUACGCAGUGCUGUUCAUGAACUGGGAUACCAAGGAUACGCCUUUCGAUGGGCUUCGAGAGAACUUCUUCUCCGGGUUGCAGGGCGUUUUUUCCGCUCCCACCCCUCCCGGUCCUGUCAAGAAGGCGCAUGAGAAGCUUGCAACGGAAGAUAAAUAA